GGACUUUCCACAGCCCUUCACCUUGCUGAGGAACCUGUCCGCGGCUGCUUCCUCGUCUCCGAAGCAAUUUAUUCACUUGACCCGCUGGGCUUUCAUUCCAGUUCGUUUUGUUUCUAAGAAACCGACAGAUUGAGAUGGAACGAUCUCCAGAAGAUGCUCAACAGGACCGAGAGAGUCUGACGGGCAGUGCCCAUGGCCUCAUCACCCCCUCUGAACCCAGAAGGGGCUCCAACAGCCGUGCUUUCAAGGUGGCGGGCCUGACGACCCUUGCUUGCCUGCUGCUGGCCAGCCAGGUCUUCACAGCCUACAUGAUGUUGAGCCAGAAGCGGCAGAUCACCACACUGCAGAAGAACUCAGACCAAAUGGCCAAACAGUGGACCCGCUCAUCGCAGGAUAUGAAUCCAAAGAGGGUGUCAAUGAGCAGCCUGCCUCUAAUGAUGGAUUUCGUUGCGGGGGAUGACUCCGUGAUGCCCUUGACAAAACUGCAGGACACUGCUGUUGUCAGCGUGGAGAAACAGCUGACAGAUCUCCUGCAGGAUUCCCAGCUGCCACAGUUCAAUGAGACCUUCCUGGCCAACCUGCAGAGCCUGAAGCAGCAGAUGAAUGACAGCGAGUGGAAGAGCUUUGAGUCCUGGCUGCGUUACUGGCUGAUCUUCCAGAUGGCACAGUCUGCACCGCCCACAUCUGAGCCCGCCACUGUGACCAAGACCAAAUGCCAGUUGGAGGCAGCACCUGGGCCCGGAAAGGUCGGUUCCUACAAGCCCCAGUGUGACGAGCAGGGCCAGUACCUGCCCAAACAGUGCUGGUUCCCCACCGGCUUCUGCUGGUGUGUUGACAAGAACGGCCGAGUCAUCGAGGGCACCAGCGUCCGUGGACACCCCAACUGUCAGAGAGGUGCUCCCCGCAUGAUGGUCCACCCAAUGCGGAUUCAGAAGGCCCUCGGCGCCGAUGGUGAGUGAGACAAAUGGAGCAACGUCUGAAGCACGGCGCCUCUUUUCAUCAGGCAACGUAACGGACAAGAGAGAUCAGUUAUUUCAAGCUGGUGCCUGAUCAGUUUUUCUUCCAUGUCAUCUCUUGAUUUUAACUGCUUUGCUGGCUACUGGAAAUCAAAUACAAGGCCUUUUACGGUGUCGCGAUUUUAAUCUCUGCAGUUUCUGUCUUUUAUAACUGACUUAUUUGGGGGUUUUCUCAUUGAUAUUUCUGCAUAGAUACUCAUAUUAUCCAUAGUAUAUUUAAGUAUUUGAGUUUUUGUCAAAGGGCUGGCCGCAUGCUUUAUGGGAUGGCUCACUCGAAGUACAAAAAAAACAACUGCUCACAGUUCUGUGGAAUAUUCCACGGAUUGUUUUUAAGGCGGUGAGCGCCACAAACAAAUGAAACCAAAACUAGCUGAAUAUCACAUUUCAACAACAAGGCAAUUCAAAGUGCUGAGUGAUCCACCCCAUUAAACAAUGUGCACAUACGAGGCAGUGAAAUAAAGUUUUCCUAACUACAUGUUUGUAUUUGUAUACAUAUGCAAUCAACUCCUGUCAUGUCUUGAGAUCAAAUGAUUGUUAAAGCUAAAGACUAAACAAGGCCUGAAUAAAAUUUUAUAUGAUUAGA